AACUAAAUGUCACCUAAGACGCUAAGUUUUUUUACGCAUAAGAGUUCAUGAGUGUAUUUUAGCUAAAUUUCUGUGCCACACCAAUGUUUCUUCCUACGGUCUCCUCUGCUUAGCAUUAUGAAACCUGCAUUUACUACAGACAGCACAAAGAAAAUUGGGAAGCGUGUUAAAAAGAUAAAAAAGAAAUCAAAGAAUAAAAAAGAUCUUACAAAUAUUAAAAGUCAGCAUGAAAAACUCAGUGUAAUUUGUCCAAUUUGUCUACAAGAUCUUUGUAAUAAAUCCGUGCUGGCGACGAAAUGUGGCCACGUGUUCUGCGCCACCUGCUUAAAGACAACGUUGGAAAGGCAAUCGGACUGUCCGAAAUGUAGAUCUAAAAUAAAAUCAUCUCGUGGCUAUCACGCUAUAUACCUGGAUACUUCUAGUUUCUAAAAUACACCACAAUGGCCCUCAAAAUGGAUUUGAGUCCAACGGACCCAUAUCAUCAAUCGUUGUUUGCAAAAUUAGAAAAUCCUGAUGUGGUCUAUCAGAAUUUCGUGAAGAGAUUGGCUAAGUAUCAUUUUCAAGUCAAAGCAAUUAUCCAGGAUAUCCUGGAAUGCAGGGAGUCGAUGGAGAAAUUAAAUGAGUUAAAUGAAAAAGGAAGGGCAAAAAUAACGGAAGUACGAGAGGAAUUAGAAAAUUUAUACCUGUAUGGUAAAGAAACAGGGGAUACAAAAUAUGAUACUGAAUUAGAAUCACAGAGGCACCUUUUAGCUUGUCUCCUUAAGGAAUUUAAAGAUGCCAAUAUAAAUAGUAUGUUUGCUAUUGAAAAGGCACAAAGAGAAGAUUUAUUAAAAUGUAGUGAUAAUGAGAAGUCAUCAGUCCGACAAAGAAAGAAAAAGAUGGAUAAGGAUGGAUUGGUCAAAAUGUCAUCAGGUGUGACAGAGCAAUUACUUUCCGUAAGCAGGCAGCUAGCGGACACCACACAAAAGAGUCAAAAUACUUUGGAUAAUUUGGUUUCAUCUAGUUCAACAGUGCAUGGAACACAAUCGGAAUUAGAGAAUACAGCAGGAACGAUUACGCAAUCGAGCAAACUACUGAAGAAAUACGGACGUAGAGAAUUUACGGACAAAGUGAUCAUGUUUUUUGCAUUUUUAUUCUUUUUGGCGGUGUGCCUGUACAUUGUACAGAAGAGGCUUUUUUAAUCGUUUGUGACUAUAGUUUUGAAAUACACGUGUAUGCAAUUUAUGAUGAAUUUGUGAAAUAAAUGUGUUGUCUAACUUAUUCUGUAA